AUGGCCACAAACUAUAAUAUUGUUUGGUCCGGUCCCAAAUUAGAUGGGAAACUAGAUUACAAUUAUUGGGCAUUGUUGAUGUCCACCCGUUUGAAAGCUCACAAUAUUUGGAGCUUUAUUGAACCAGGCAUACAACAAGGAGCUGAUGAUGCAACUCAAAGGAAGGACCAGUUGGUGCUAUCACAAAUUCACCAAGGUGUAGAUUAUUCAAUUUUUGGCAAAAUAGGAAAUGCCAAAACAGCCAAAGAAGCGUGGGACAUUUUGAAGCUGUCAUACAAAGGAGUAGAGAAAGCUCAGAAAUCCAAAUUGCAAUCCAUGCGUCGAGAAUAUGAAAGAUAUGAGAUGUCCAGUUCAGAAACCGUGGAACAAUAUUUUUCACAGGUAACAAAUCUUGUCAAUAAGAUGAAGGUGUAUGGAGAAGACAUCCCUGAAAGCAAGGUGGUAGAGAAAAUUCUACGCACAAUGCCGAUGAAAUUUGAUCAUGUGGUGACUACAAUAAUUGAGUCCCACGACACAAACAUCAUGAUGGUUGCAGAAUUGCAAGGUAGCAUUGAAAGCCAUGUGAGCAAAAUUUUGGAGAAAACUGAAAAAGCAAAUGAAGAAGCCUUGAAAAAGGUAGAGGUCGUGGCAGCUUCAGAGGAAGAGGUCGUUGUAGUUUCAAUCAACAAUGGAGAGACAACAAUUUCAGGCCAUCUAAUCAAGGAAGAGGUGGACACAAUGACAGAUCUACCAACCAUGGAAGAGGAAGAGGCAACUUCACCUACCAGGAGAGGACAAAUUUCAAUUGCUAUCACUGUGGAAAGUUCGGGCAUAAAGCUACAGAUUGUAGAUUCAAACAACAUGCAAAUAUAG